GUUGCCGAUUUUCCUUCGUCUGAACUUUCGCGCGGCACACAUGUAAACAAGGCGCACGUGUGAAUCUGUUGCGCACUCGUACACACUGGAUCUCGAUCUCCGGCCGAGGCCGAGCUAGCGGUAUUAGAAAGAAGCAGCCAGCGUGAAGUUAAGCGGUCAUGAUGGAUGGGCGUUGCGCUGUCGAUGCACUCUGCAAAUAAAUGCAGUCUCGUCGGUCAACCGUGCUGCUCAGUUGACAGUUCAGUUCAGGCGUUACAAGCAUGCCAUAGCUUUCAGUUAACUAAAAUAAAGGGUCAGUCUAGGGGUUUUGAUUUGGUAUGUUUUACCAAUAGUUAAUCGUCUACUACUAGAUCUAGUAGUACUAGUUUACUAGAUCUAGAUCUAGACUUAUUGUUGCCUUUUGAGACUCUAUUCAACAUAAUCUGUUUGGGCAAUUGGGGCCUUGAUGCUGCAUGCUGCAUGCUGGUGGCACGAUUCAGCUGUGGAACAUUAAGAAGAGCUGUCAUCAUGACUUCGUCGUCUACCAUGUCUACUGAUGCUGUAGUCCUUUCCCCAUACUUUCGGGGAAGAACUACCCGAUCUCGAGCAUCAAAGUUUGGCAUGUUGGAGAUGACUAGACCUCGGUCUUUACACAACGAAGUGGAGAAACCUCUUCAUAAAAGUACAGCAGACAGUGGAGAGAGGGAUGACCAUGAUGACAGAUUAGGUGUUAAACAGAGACAUAUCAAGAUUGCAUAUGAAUCCAACAACCCGAACAGCCAUGCUGUCAAGAAGAUGAAAGCUCAGUCUUCAGUCAAAACUUCGACAAGCAGCAAGCUAUCAUCAGCUAGUAUUAGUGACCCACCUGAAAACUCAGAAAGCAAUAACAACAAGAUGAAGAGUGGAAAACGGGAGUUGAGUCAACAGGAUCAGGAUGGGAAAUCCAAAAGGAGUUUGGUUCAGAAACAAAGAGUUGGGAAAUCUUCAAAAGCCAGUGUAUCAAAGAGAGAGACUUCAACUGAUUGUGCCAUGUCUGAGGAUACUAGCGAUGGUAAAGAGAAGGGGAAGAAGAAUGGAUGGGAACCAGAGAUGUGGAGAGAUCAGCUGGAGAAUCUUCGUGAGAUGAGGAAGAACAAAGAUGCUCCUGUUGACAGCAUGGGAGCAGAGAAGAUCUGCGACUCAUCUGCAGCUCCUGAGGUGUAUCGCUACCACGUUCUGCUAUCAUUGAUGCUGUCCAGUCAGACCAAAGAUCAAGUUACCUCUGCUGCUAUGGUCAAGCUUAGGAGUCAUGGUUUGACCGUUGAUAACAUCCUUAAGACUCCAGAAGCCAAGAUUGGGGAACUCAUUUAUCCUGUUGGGUUUUGGAAGAGGAAAGCUGAUUUCAUCAAGAGAACCACACAGAUCUUAAAGGACCAGUACCAGGGAGACAUUCCUCCAUCUUUAAAGGAACUGAUCCAGCUUCCAGGGGUAGGUCCCAAGAUGGCCCACAUCGUCAUGGAUGUGGGAUGGAACCAAAUUACAGGUAUCGGGGUAGAUACUCACGUCCAUCGCAUCAGUAACAGGCUCAAGUGGGUCCAGAAAGAGACAAAGACUCCGGAAGCCACCAGGGUCAGCCUUGAGGAUUGGUUGCCAAGGGACUUGUGGAGUGAAGUCAACGUUCUCCUUGUUGGAUUUGGCCAGCAAACAUGUCUACCUGUGGGACCAAGAUGCUUGGAAUGCCUUAAUAAGGAUAUCUGUCCCUUUGGUAAGCAGGAGAUCAAACGAAAGAGUCCACUCAAAACGAGUCCUGUCAAGAAGAAUACAAAGACAUCUCCUUGAGAGCAGUACGUAACGGAUGGUUGGUUACAUGUAUGUAUGAGAUAGAAAAACAUGAACGUGACUACGAGUGAGAAAAGACUCUUAACCUGGAGUUGAUAACGUUUUCUUAAACAGGCAUUUCCCAUUGGUUUCAUCGUGAGAUAUCUGAUAAGUACUCAUUGGGAAAAAGAAAUGGUGAUUCUAUGCAUGUCUGUUCUUAAAUCUUGACAAUCAGCGAAGAAAGUCUACUAUAUACACUUGGCAUAGUGGAUUUGAUGAGUGAAUCUAACAGUACUAUAAUU